UCAGUCGCGACCAGCUGAAAUCUGUUUACUGCCUGAUUCACCUUUCCCCGGGCUUUAUAAUUGAGAGUUGUUAACAUUGAUCGACAGUGCGCAUUCUGCAGGGAAACAAGUGUGUUUGUUGUCCGCGGUCUAGUCUCGAAUUGCUGAUAGUGUGGAAGUAUUGCAAGCGAAAACAAAGUUUUGUUAACCAUGGCCAGCAACAACAGCUCUCCGGCAGCGACCGCCAGUAGCAACGCAAAGCAGUUCGCAUUGCUGCCGAAAAUUAUUAACGGAGGUAUCGCUGGAAUUAUUGGUGUUUCUUGUGUGUUUCCUCUGGAUCUCGUUAAGACUCGAUUGCAAAAUCAGCAAGUUGGCCCAAAUGGAGAAAAAAUGUACAAUUCCAUGCUAGAUUGUUUCAAAAAAACCUACCGAGCCGAGGGUUAUUUCGGUAUGUACCGCGGAUCAGCGGUUAACAUUUUGCUUAUCACACCGGAAAAAGCAAUCAAAUUAGCGGCAAACGAUUUUUUCCGCCAUCACCUAACCACCGCCAAUGGAUCAUUGCCUAUAACUCGCCAGAUGGCCGCCGGCGGAUUGGCAGGUUUAUGUCAAAUCGUCAUAACCACCCCUAUGGAGCUUUUGAAAAUUCAAAUGCAAGAUGCCGGACGUGUUGCUGCUCAGGCUAAAGCGGCAGGAAAAACUUUACCGAAAGUUUCUGCUACUUCCAUUGCAAUGGAGCUUGUGCGCACAAAGGGUAUAACUGGAUUGUACAAAGGAACUGGUGCUACCGCGUUGCGUGAUGUGUCAUUUUCGAUCGUGUAUUUCCCGUUGUUUGCCACUUUGAAUGCCCUCGGUCCUCGCCGUGAUGAUGGUAGCAAUGAAGCAGUAUUUUGGUGUUCGUUCUUGAGUGGCUGUGCUGCCGGCUCAAUGGCAGCGCUGGCGGUUAAUCCGUUCGACGUAGUUAAAACACGCCUUCAAGCUCUCAAAAAAGCCGAAGGCGAGAUGCAGUUCAAUGGUGUGGCUGAUUGUAUCGGAAAAACUCUAAAGCACGAAGGAGUGACUGCAUUUUUCAAGGGAGGACUGUGCCGUAUGAUCGUCAUCGCACCACUGUUCGGUAUUGCGCAGAUGGUUUACUUCCUCGGUGUCGCAGAGGCCCUGCUCGGCACUAAAUCCGGUAAUAAGUAAAACUAUUUUUAUCGUGUGUCUUUGUGUGGAUCAUUUGUGCUACCAACCAUCGAUCCAACUAUGCUUGAUAUUUCUAAAACAAACCACCAACAUAACAUAAUUAAUUGACAACAUCAACCAAACCAAUAAAAACGGUUGAAAGAUACUGAUGGCUGCCCUUGGAAGAUAGUCCGACAAGUUCUCAGAAGAAUCUAACUCAUGAAUGGGUAGUAUUGUUUGCCACAUGUUUUGACCAGUAGUUGUCCUUGUAUGAAAGAUUACUGUAAACGAUUCUUAGUAAUUUGCAACGUUACUAUUGGUUGUUAACUGUGGGCAAGGGAUGUUUGAUUUUGAAAAACCCAUUAUGCGUUUACAACAGAAGCUUAAAUUUCCCCAAAAGUUUAAUGUCAUCUGCUUCUGGAAAUUAUUUUUCCACUUCUGAAUGGCUAAAACAACAUUUUAUUUUAUUGACGUUAGGCAGAAAUUGAUUGAUCUGAAUUGGUCAAUAUUGCGUUAAAAGCUAUCGCUGGUAAAUGUUAGAAUCAUAUCACGUAAUUUAAAGCUGCAAGAGGUAGUUAAAAGUAGUUUGAAAGAAAACUACGUAAUGAUACGACCAGUCCGCAUUUCACGGAAUUACAUUGAUUUAUUACGUACAAGCAUUCGGGUCUGAAUCUUUUAAAAUAAUUAUUUGUGAAUAUGCCCUUCAAUUUGAACCGCUAUGUAUUGAUGUUUAUGGCAAAAUGUUGAUGAAUCAAUUAAAAAUGAAGCGGAUUGACUGAGCAAUGCGUCCAGUAGAGCUUCGAGAAAUACAAUGUUAUCAAUACCCUGAUUGUGAAAAAAACAACCUUGUAUGUAACGCAAUGUAAAACGAAAUUGUUUGUGUUCACUACGAAGCAUGUCGGGUGCUCGUGAUUGCAUGUUUACUAGUGUACUAAUCCUACAUACAACGGAUUAUGUGUUACCUUUUCUUCAGCGCAAUCUGUUUAAUUGUCAAAACACGUAUAAAUAUUGCAAGGUUAUUGAAAAAUGGAUACACGGGAAACAUCAAUUAAACUUGUCCUUCGGUAAGCGAUCAGCAACAACAUCUCAAGACAAUAAAAAAGUAAUCUAAAUGAUGUUCCUUAUAGCAAAGAAAACAUUGUGCAAGGCAUAUGAAUAUUGUAACAAUCCCAAUCACAUACACAGACACACAUACACAUACCUACAUACAAAUUACUUCCACCCACAAAUAAUAACGAAAUCAAUUACAAUUUUGUGGUUGAACAAACGCGUGUGUUGCUCUAUGCUAAGAAUAGCGAAAAGACUAUUAAUGGAUAUGUAAAUGCUCGACAUUCGUAGUACAGCAAAUGCAUGUAAUAAAUAUAAAGAAAAUGAACGUUGUAUCUAAACACGAUGAACAUCAACAACAAACAAAAUAAACCCAAUAGCAAUGUGACGAUGAUACUAAACACCGAAAUAAAUGAAAAU